GAAAGGCUUCGGGAAGAAGAGGAAGAACAGAAGAGGCAGAAGCUUCAGGCUGCAGAGAACAGGGCCAGGGUGAUGGAGGCGUUCCUGAAGGAGAAGGAGAAGGAAGUUCUCCAGCUGCAGGAGGAAGCCAAAACCUUCAUCACCCCCGAGAACCUGGAGGCACGGAUCCAGCAGUGCCUGGACAACCCGCGCAACUACAACUUCGCCAUCGACAAGGACGGGCGGAUCGUCAAGCGCACCGUGCUGUCCUAG